AGUUAAAAUUUUAAUACAACGGAGAAUUUUAAAUAUAAAAUUUAGAAAAAUAUGGCUUUUCAUAAAUUGUUUUCAAGACUAACUAUAAAUACCUCGCCUAGUAUAGUUACAAGGUCUAUUCAUGUAUCUCCCAGUUUGUUAAUAAGUAAACCAAAUCUCGUCAAACCAAAACCUGGUUUGGGUAUAAGUUACAGGAGAAUUGUCCAUUACCCUGAGGAAUACACAGUGAAACCAUUGGAAGUCACCAAUCUCGCUGGUAGAGAUCCAGUGUCAGGUCGAAUUGUAGCUAAAGGUAUUGGUGGUGGUAUUAAACACAAGUUCCACUGGAUCAAGUGGUUUAGAGAUGGACCCACGGAAGGCCCACCACAGGAAGAAAAAGUUAUUGAGGUAUUGGAAUGUGGAUGCAGAACUGCCCAUGUGGCUCUAGUGGCAGUGGGGAAGGAGAUGAAGUACAUUCUGGCCACGGAGAACAUGAAAGCCGGUGACAUCAUUAAAACCUCCAGGCAUUUACCCAGAAUUCCAGUGAGAGCAAAUGAGGGUGAUGCUUAUGUUUUGGGUGCCUUACCUACUGGGACACUUGUGCACUCUAUAGAAAAAGUACCAGGAAAAGGAGGAGUUUAUGUAAACGCAGCAGGGACAUACGGGACAAUUCUCCGGAGGCAGGAUGAUAGAAUUAUAGUUCAAAUGCCAUCAAAGAUGCUAUUCAGCUUUGAUGAGCGUUGUAUGGCUGUGGUUGGUCGUCUAUCCAACAUAGAGCACGGAUCGACACCUAUAGGGUCAGCUCAGAGGAACAGAUGGCUAGGAAACAGACCAAGAUCAGGAUUGUGGAAGAGGAAAGAUGGCAGACACGGAAGAAAGAUAAAGCCACCAAAGCCCGUAAAGGAAAUACAUGCUAAGGCCGACCAAAGGUCACCUCCUAUUCAAAUGACAAUGCACCAUUGAGUUUUAUAAAUAAAUAGUUGUAUAGUUA